UUCUGGUGGAUGCCGUGGUCGCCUCUGCCUUUUAUUGCUCUCUAGUGUGCGGAGCUUGCUACUUUACAGUGCGGCUCCGGCCAAAUCUUCAAGAUGCAGUCCUCCCCAAACAUGCUCACCAAGUUUGAGUCCAAAUCCUCCAGAGCCAAAGGAAUCGCAUUCCAUCCCAAACGGCCAUGGAUUCUCGUAUCCCUUCACUCCUCAACCAUCCAACUGUGGGACUACCGCAUGGGAACGCUAAUUGACCGAUUCGAAGAGCACGAUGGACCGGUUCGCGGUGUGGAUUUCCACCCGACCCAGCCCCUGUUUGUGUCGGGAGGCGAUGAUUACAAGAUUAAGGUCUGGAACUACCAGACUCGGAGGUGUCUGUUCACAUUAAAUGGCCACUUGGACUAUGUGCGAACGGUUUUCUUCCACCCCGAGCUGCCUUGGAUCCUGUCUGCGUCCGAUGACCAGACCAUCAGAAUUUGGAACUGGCAAAACCGGUCACUCAUCUGUACGAUGACCGGUCACAAUCAUUAUGUUAUGUGCGCCCAGUUCCAUCCCACCGAAGACCUCAUCGCCUCAGCUUCAUUGGAUCAGUCGGUUCGUAUUUGGGACAUCUCCGGUCUGCGGAAGAAGCACUCGGCACCGACCUCGAUUUCCUUCGAAGACCAAAUGGCACGAGCCAACCAAAACCAAGCCGAUAUGUUUGGAAACACCGACGCAGUCGUUAAGUUUGUUCUAGAAGGUCAUGACCGGGGCGUUAACUGGGUGUCGUUCCACCCUACGCUGCCCUUGCUUGUGUCGGCUGGUGACGACCGAUUGGUUAAGCUCUGGCGGAUGAGUGAUACCAAGGCAUGGGAAGUCGAUACUUGCCGCGGUCAUUUCCAGAAUGCCUCCGCCGCUUUGUUCCACCCACACCAGGACCUCAUCCUUUCCGUCGGUGAGGAUAAGACCAUCCGCGCAUGGGAUCUCAACAAGCGUACAUCGGUUCAGUCCUUUAAGCGCGAUGUCGAUAGAUUCUGGGUUAUCGCUGCCCACCCGGAGAUCAACCUGUUUGCCGCCGGUCAUGACACCGGUGUCAUGGUCUUCAAGCUCGAGCGAGAGCGCCCUGCCUCUGCUAUAUACCAAAACCAGUUGUUCUACAUCACCAAGGAGAAGCAUGUCAAGUCAUAUGACUUUGCGAAGAACGUUGAGUCGCCGCCGAUGCUUUCGCUGCGCAAGCUGGGUUCUCCAUGGGUUCCUCCCCGUACCCUGUCUUACAACCCCGCCGAACGUGCUAUUCUGGUUACCACGCCCGCCGACAACGGAACUUAUGAAUUGAUUCACCUGCCUAGAGAUGCCACUGGUGCGGUUGAGCCCACAGACGUCAAGCGUGGACAGGCCACUUCCGCAGUUUUCGUGGCCCGUAACCGCUUCGCUGUGUUCAACCCCGCGAGCAAGCAGGUCGAUAUCAAGGAUUUGAGCAACUCCACGACAAAGACAAUCAAGCCCCCAGCCGGUACGACCGAUAUCUACUUUGGCGGUACUGGAUGCCUGCUCUUCAUCACUCCCACACAUGUUUCUCUGUUCGAUAUCCAACAAAAGAAACAGCUUGCCGAGCUUGCGGUCAGCGGAGUGAAGUAUGUGGUCUGGUCUAACGAUGGCCUGUACUGUGCUUUGCUCAGCAAGCACAACGUCACUAUUGUCACCAAGGCCCUUGAUCAAGUAAGCACAUUGCACGAGACUAUUCGUAUCAAGAGUGCUACCUGGGAUGAUGCCGGUGUGCUGCUUUACUCGACCCUUAACCACGUCAAGUACUCGCUUCUCAAUGGCGACAACGGUAUUAUCCGCACCCUUGACCAGACCGUGUAUCUCGUGCGUGUCAAGGGACGCAGCGUCUAUGCCCUCGACCGCAACGCCCAACCCCGAAUUUUGGAGAUUGACCCGACUGAGUACCGUUUCAAACUCGCCCUUGUGAAGCGCAAUUACGAUGAAAUGCUCCAGAUUAUCAAGACCUCGAGUCUGGUUGGCCAGAGCAUUAUUUCUUAUCUGCAGAAGAAGGGUUACCCCGAGAUUGCUCUGCAGUUCGUGCAAGACCCGCAGACCCGCUUUGACCUUGCCCUUGAAUGUGGCAAUCUCGAGGUUGCUAAUGAAAUGGCACGCGAACUCGACCGUCCCAAGACCUGGAGCAGGCUCGGAACCGAGGCAUUGGCCCAUGGUAACCACCAGACCGUCGAAAUGACCUACCAGAAACAGCGUAACUUCGACAAGCUGUCUUUCCUCUAUCUCUCUACCGGCGACCAGGAGAAGCUUUCUCGUAUGGCUAAGAUUGCCGAACACCGUGGCGACUUCACGUCUCGCUUCCAGAACGCCAUCUACCGCGGAGAUGUCGAGGACCGGAUCCAGAUGUUCAAGGAAGUCGAUUUGUACCCUCUUGCAUAUCUCACGGCCAAGUCACAUGGCAUGACCGAGGAGGCCGAGUCUAUUCUGGAGGCCGUUGGUCUGACAGAGGACCAAAUCACCUUGCCUACACUCCAGCAACCUCUGAAGGUGCCCCACCCUAUCGUGCCUACCUUCAAGUCCAACUGGCCUGUCAAGGCUGCUGGUCACUCCUCCUUUGAGAAGGCUCUACUUGGAGAGGUCGGUGCUGCGGAUGAAGAGGCUGGUGCCGAUCUAUUGGACGCUGAGGAAGAUGUGCAAGAGGCUACUCUUGCACGGGAAACCCUGGACGACGAGGAGGAGGUUACGGGGUGGGACAUGGGCGAUGAUGUCGAGGUCGAGGAAGAUGUGGACUUUGUCAACGUGGAAAGCGCCGAGGCUGGCGCGGGUAGUUCUGAGGCUGACUUGUGGGCUCGCAACUCUCCGCUCGCUGCGGAUCACGUUGCGGCAGGCUCUUUCGAUACUGCGAUGCAGCUUUUGAACCGCCAGGUUGGUGCUGUUCAGUUCGCACCUCUCAAGCCUCGCUUCCUCGAAGUGUACAAGGCGUCGAAGACCUAUCUCCCCGCGACUGCUGGCUUGCCGCCUUUGGUUAACUACGUGCGUCGAACUGUCGAUGAAACCGACUCUCGCAAGAUGCUUCCCAUCAUCCCUAGGGAUCUAGAGACCGUUGCUAGUGUCGAUCUCCAAGAAGGAUAUGCCGCCAUGCGUUCCAACAGACUGGAGGAUGGCGUAGCAAUCUUCAAGCGCAUUCUCCACACCCUCCUUGUUAACACCGUCUCAUCUGAGGCCGAGGUGGAAGAGGCAAAGAAGAUUAUUGCCACCGCUCGUGAAUACAUCCUGGCCAUGUCCAUCGAGCUCGAGCGCCGGACUCUCCCUGCCGACACCCCCGAGAACCUCAAGCGCAGCCUCGAGCUCUCUGCCUAUUUCACCAUUCCUAAGCUCGAGGUCGCUCACCGACAACUGGCAUUGAUGGCUGCUAUGAAGUUCGCCUUCGCCAAUAAGAACUACGGCUCUGCUUUGAGCUUCGCUAACCGCAUGCUGGCCAAUGGAGGCUCCGCCAAGCUUUUGGAACAGGCCAAGAAGAUCAAAGCCCAAUGCGAACGCAACCCUCAAGAUCAGAUCGACAUUGACUUCGAUCCCUUCGCCGAGUUUGACAUCUGCGCUGCCUCCUGGACCCCCAUCUACAGCGGUUCCCCUAGCGUGUCGGAUCCCUUCACUGGCGCCAAGUACCACCCCCAGUACAAGGGCAGUGUCGACCGGAUAGCGGAGGUCACGGAGAUUGGUGCGCCGGCCAGUGGCCUGCGCCUGUUCGUCCCCAGUCAAUUUUAG